CUUCGAAAGUGAAAGAAUCAAACACAGUUCAAGUUUGCCAACAGUUCAGCGAAAGUACGGAUAAAGGCUAAAAUAUUUGUUACAAUGAAUCCUUUGAGAAGUUUAUGUGUGGCGGUCUUGCUAAUGGCUGCUGUCUUAGCAGUUCCAAGCCAACAGCAUGUUACCUUGAAAGUGAGUGGUAGUGGUGUUAGUGGUAAAUUGAAACCCUCACAAUGGUUGUCCUCAUUGGAAUUGGAACAAAUACCCUCGGUGGAGGAUAUAACUCUACAUAGUUUGGAAACUAUGGCGGUGGAGAAGGGAGCUAAGUUGUUGGAAAAAAUCUUCCAUUUGUCGCAAAUAAAUCACGACUUGAAACCCAGCUUUGUGCCCAGCCCCAGCAGUGUUCCUUGCUAUAUAGUUAAGCCUAAUGGUCAAAAAGUAACCACCACUUUGGAUAAAUUAGCUUCGGUAUGCAAGCAGCAACCCAACUUUGGCGAUGAAGAGGUGACUAUUUUCAUAACCGGUUUACCCGCCACCACUGAAACCAUCAAGAAGGCCAAUCGUAAAUUGGUAGAAGCCUAUUUGGAACGUUAUAACAUCAAGAGACAACAGCCACAAAGAUAUGAAAUGUCCGGUGAGAAAUACGAACGUACCUCGAGUGAAGAGGUUUCCAGCGAAUGGAAGAAACAGGAACAACAUGCCUCCGGCAAUCUAGUGAUCAUUGAUUUGGGUUCCAAAUUGAACAGCCUUAAACGUUUUGUUUUGUUGGAUGUGGAAGAAACUGGUGCCAUGAUUGGUUCCGCCAUUGUUGAAUUAACUGAGAAAUGCGAUGUUGUCGAUGAUACCAUUCAUGUGGUGGCUCAAGGUAUUGCUGCUCAUGUUGCCGGAGCUGCUGGUAAUAAAUACACCCGUCAAACUGGUCGCCAACUGAGACGCAUCACUGCCUUGGAUCCCUCCAAAUUGUUCUCUAAAAAUCCUCACUCCUUGACUGGUCUUUCACGUGGUGAUGCCGAAUUCGUUGAUGCCAUUCAUACCAAUGUCUAUGGCAUGGGCACCUUACAACGUGUUGGUGAUGUUGACUUCUAUCCCAAUGGUCCUUCCCAUGCUGUUCCUGGUGCUCAGAAUAUUGUUGAAGCUAGCAUGCGUGCCACCCGUUAUUUCGCUGAAUCUGUCCGUCCUGGCAAUGAACGCAACUUCCCAGCUGUGGCAGCCAACUCUUUGAAAGACUAUAAGAACAACGAUGGUUUUGGCAAACGUGCUUACAUGGGCAUUGAUACUGACUACGAUUUGGAAGGUGACUAUAUCUUACAAGUCAAUGCUAAUAGUCCUUUUGGUAAGAAGACUCCUGCUCAAAAGCAAAACACCUAUCAUGGUAUUCAUAAGACCUACAAAAGCUCACAGGACUACGAAUAUUAA